CUCAUAACAAUAAGGAUGGAAUCGAACAAUGCAACGGAAACAGCUCUUCAAGCAGUGGCCAGCACCAUUCUUGGAUUAACAUGCAUUGUUGGGAUUCCAGGGAAUUCACUUGUCAUCUGGGUCAUCUUGUAUAAGAUGAAACAACGUUCACCCACUGUUAUCCUGAUCGUGAACCUGGCGUUUGCUGAUCUGAUCGUGCUGGUCACUUUGCCACUGUGGAUUUAUUCCAUCUGCAACAGUUGGGUCUUUGGAGAAACCUCGUGCAAAAUCCUGGGCUACCUCCUUUACUGCAAUCUGUACAGCAGUGUGUUCUUCAUCAUGCUGAUGAGCAUAAACCGCUUUAUGGUUGUUGUCUAUCCAUUUGCCUCCCAGCGAUGGCAGAGGACACAGCGUGUUUGCAAAGUGGUCCUCACUGUUUGGUGUUCGGCCUUUCUGCUCUCAGUUCCCAACCUUUUAACCAGGAAAGUGGGCAUCAUCAAUGGGCACCCUCAAUGCUUCGGUGGUCAGUAUGAUUCCAAAGGCCAGCAAGUAGCAUGCCUUGUGUUGGAAACCCUGGUUGGAUUUGUAAUCCCUUUUACAGUUCUGGCAACCUGUUAUGGAUUGGUUACAAAACGGGUGGGUCGGAUGACCUUUAAGAGCAAACACAGAUCUGAAAUGCUAAUUAUCAGCAUUAUUGUGGCGUUUCUCAUCUGUUGGUUUCCAUACCAUGUGUUCAACGUGAUUGAAUUGGUUUCCUUGACGCUGGACUCCGACACAAUCCAGACGCUGGCAACGGUCUCUGAGGUGGGCACCUACAUUACAGCAACGCUAGCGUUUAUUAGCAGCAGCGUCAACCCCCUGCUUUACGCGUUCGCUGCGCGGAAUUUGCGGGAUGGGUUUCGCUCGUCAGUGAUGGCCAAGGUAUUUGAACAAGUAGCUCAGUACGUCCCCGAUGAAAGCAAGAUGGAACGCGAAGAUGCAACAAAUAUGGAAAGUGUGGAAGGACUGUAAACACUUGGUGCAUUGUUAAUGAUGCCACCUCGAGAGAAAAAAAGCAGCAUUGAGUCUGAUAUACACAAUGCAGCAGAAAGAGGAGAGCAUUCGCCUUGCGAGAUAGCGGAUGCCAGUUUUUGCAUACUCUAGAAAUCCGCGUGACAUUAUGUACCCUCUGUUAGAAUCAUUUGCCUGUCGAAUUUGUCUUUGUGCAAGUUGAUUACGUAUGCAUCAUUUAUAUUUACCACUGAAUUACCAAAAAAACCCCAAUCUAAACAUUUACUAAAAUGUGACAUUUUAUGCCUUGGUGUUGGAAUAUUCUCGCAGUUUUGCAUGUUCUUUGCUUCCACCCGCUGUUUUCCCGGCGAGAACCGAGACAUGGGUCCGCUCAGCCCUCCACCACCUCAUUAUCUCUGAACUGAAAGAGGAAAGAGUUAAUCCCAUGUCACUGGGAGACCAUAAGAAAUAGGAACAGGAGCAGUGCAUUCUUCCCUUGGAGUCUACUCCGCCAUUUACAGGGAUCAGAGUUAGCCUUCCUGCUUAUCCUGCUGGGUCAUGUUUGUGCUGUUGAUGACCGUGCAUACCUGUGGGAAACAAAAACUGACUACUCUCUCAUUCUGCUGAC